AUGGUCUAUGAAAAGUAUGAUGCAAUGGAAAGAUUAGUAUUAUGGAAUAACCUUUAUGUUCUGGCUGAUGGUAUGGUAUCUCCAUGGUUGAUAAGGGGUGAUUUUAAUGUGAUUUUGAAUGAGGAAGAGAAUAUUGGUAGGUUGCCAGUAUUGCCAAAUGAAUAUGAAGACUUUUCUUUUUGUCUUAAUUCUUGUGAGCUGAUUGAAGCAGAUCAUGAAUCUUUCCAAUCAGUAAUUACUCAGAACUGGCAUGCAGAAGAUGAAAGGGAUGUAUGCUUAUCUUUUAAGGAGAAAGUGAAGAAGAUUAAAUCUGUUUUAUCAGCAUGGAGUAGGCAGUAUUUUGGGAAUAUUUUCAAGCAGUUGACUAUUAGAGAGGAUAUUGUUAGAAUUAAAGAACAGUUGUUUGAAGAAGCCCUUACUGAAGUUAAUAGAAUGGUGUUAGAAAGAGCUCAGGCUGAGCUUAAGAAGUACUUGCACUAUGAUGAGGAGUAUUGGAGACAAAAAUCUGGUUAUGAUUGCUUUGCUGAAGAAGAUAGAAACACUAGAUUUUUUCACAAUAUUAUCAAUGGUAGAUGGAAAAGAACUCAGAUUAGGAGAAUUCAGAGUUCUGAUGGGAAUUGGAUUGAAAAUGCUAAUGAGAUAGCUGAUGAGGCUAUUUCCUUUUAA